AUGGCAACGGAUGCACCCCUGAACGUCAUCGCGCUGGUGUCGGGAGGCAAGGACAGUUUCUUCUCAAUUCUACACUGCCAGGCAAAUGGCCAUCGCGUGGUGGCGCUCGCCAAUUUGCACCCGCCAGAAGACCACAGCACUACGCGGGAAUCAUCCGAUGGGCCGUGUCAGCAACAGCACGGUGCAGUUGCGUCAGCAAGUGGCAGCCCACACCACACCGAUGAUGACCAAGAAGCCGACUUGAAUAGUUUUAUGUACCAGACUGUUGGUCACCAAGUCAUACCCCUGUACGCUGCCGCCACCGGCUUGCCUCUAUUUCGACAAGCCAUCGUUGGGACUGCAGUAUGCCAUGGCAAGAGCUACAGUGACCUCCCACGACAGGUGCCUGAUAUAGGCACUACUGCUGCGGCCCAGGUUGGGCCCCAAACUGCUGGUCAAGAAGAGGAUGAAACCGAGUCACUAGUUCCGCUACUGCGAGCCGUUGUGGAGGCCCAUCCAGAGGCCAAUGCCCUCUGCACCGGAGCCAUCUUGAGCACGUACCAGCGAACCCGCGUCGAGUCUGUCGCACUGCGUCUCGGUCUCGUCCCGCUCGCCUAUCUAUGGCAGUUCCCGGUGCUGCCCAUCUCUGCCGCGCCGGCUUCAGGUCACGGACUCGAUGGGGACGCGCAGCUCCUUCGCGACAUGGCCGCCCUAGGGCUUGAGGCACGCAUCGUCAAAGUUGCAAGCGCCGGGCUUGGCGAGGACUUCCUCUGGGAGAAUGUGGCGAGCGAGGCCACGAUAUCACGCAUCGAAAGGGCGUUGAAGCGUUUUGGAGGCGGAGGGCGCGGGUCUGUGCUUGGCGAAGGCGGCGAGUUCGAAACCCUCGUUGUGGACGGUCCAGCUACCCUGUUCAUGGGGAGGAUCGUGGUGAGCAAGGAGCAGAGUAUAAUUGUGCGUGAAGGCGGCGGCAGCUCUUGGCUCAAUGUCCGUGGGGCUACAGUAGAGAUGAAAACGGCGUCGUCUCAAGGAGGGGAUCUGGGGAACCCUGCUGUGCGAGUCCCCGAGCUUCUCGAAACAAGGUUUGAAGCCGCCUUGGAGGCGUUGCACGACGCCCAUCAUUCGGGUAUCGUCGUUGAAGUGUCCUCACGCUCGAGCCCGCAUCUAUCAGGCUUAGAGCAAACUUGGUCGUCACCAUGUGGUCGACAGUGGUGUUUCGUUGGCAACAGUCAGCAGGUCGACAUUGAAGACCAGACCGCACAGGUUGUAGCCGACAUCCAACAGCGGCUCGGCGCACAGUCGCUCCCAGUCAACGCCAUCACUGGCGCCGUCAUUGUUUUGAGACACAUGUCAGACUUCCCAACCAUCAAUAAACUUUAUGGGGCUUUGUUCCAGGAGCCAAACCCGCCCGCUCGGGUCACCAUUUCCUGUGGAGAAAGCCUGCCCCAGGGGUCUGGCAUCGCCGUGUAUCUCACGAGCCACUCUGGCUUGACUCCCGAUGAGAGGCAGGGCCUUCACGUCCAGUCUCGGUCAUAUUGGGCACCGGCAAAUAUUGGUCCCUACAGCCAGGCCAUCGCGUUUCCCCUUAUGGAUUCAUCAUCCACCGGUUCUGACCAACCUCAGCAUCAUCGCACAGACACGUCCACCAUGGUGACAAUAGCGGGCCAAAUACCUCUUAUACCUGCGACCAUGGCCUUGCCGGCCGAAUCGCCCGACUCUGCCGCAUUACAAGUCACACUGGCCUUGCAACAUCUCUGGCGCAUCGGCGUCGAAAUGCAAGUCCAAUGGUGGACCAGUGCCGUAGCUUACUUCCCCCAAAUGCCUUCGGCCUCCGUUAUGAAACAACGCGCCCUCCUCGCCGCCCGCGCUUGGAGAAGCGCCCACAUCUGGUCUAACAAAGAUCCAGAUGAAGACGGCCCAGACCUCUGGGACAGGAAAUACAACCCGCUGUACAUGUCGCUAGCAGGCGGCGCUGGUGACACCGCAGCCGCCAUCAAUCUUCCCGCCUGGGAUACCCUCCCGGGGCUCGAUCUCGAUGACCUACAAGUAAACGAAAAGCUGCGGUACCUGCCCUUUGCCUUUGCCGCCGAGGUCGAGGAGCUGCCUAGGGCCGCGGGCGUCGAGUGGCACGCGCAUAUGGGGCUAGCUAAGGUGGGGAGCGGGUCUAUCCACGUCUCUACUGUAAGGGGCAUCCAGCCAACGAGCUUUGAGCUGCAUCAUGUUAUCGUGGUGUCUGAUCCUGGAGUGUUUAUUCACACUGUUGCUGCCGUCCACCUCAGUGGCGAGGGAGAUACGGCAACACCGUCUCUGGACUUCGACGCAUUGGCCCGCACCAUGUCCAGCGAGGUUGCAAAGUCGCUCGAGUCUAUCACUGGAUCAGGAGGUUCGCGGACAAGGUCAUUCUCGGAGUGUACCACGUGGCCAUAUUUUUCAUAUGUGGAUUCCGCGAAGAUAUCGUACGUGGCUGCCAUGACUGCUGGAACAGAUGGUCGCAGUCCGGAAGCUGUCAUACCUUGCCAUUCUCUCUGGGAUGCCCAAGGAGGACGGCUCUCAAGCGUUUUGCUGUUUGAACAUCGUAUUGCGAGAAAAUAG